AUGAUUCUUGAGUCAGGUUUUCAAACUUUUAUUCCUAAGUACCAAUAUGUACAGAACGCGCUUUGGUGGCGUUGGUUGGAGUUGGUGUGGCCAUUAUGGUCGCCGUCAUCAGGUCCCUCGGCCCUUAAAACACUCGUCAGCCUUAACCCAAUUACAUCUGCGGCUCGCAGCACGAUUUCAUUUCCAACCUCAACAUCCAGUAAAUGCGCCCUCCUUCCAGUUAAAGAAUACGUUAUACUAGUUCUUUUCGCCAUAUAUCGACGCUUCCAGCUUCCUUACUCGUCAAACUCGGCGGCCAUUUUCCAGCCAGAUCCCGUUACUGCAGCUCCUAGACUGCAACCUAAACUUCUGUCUCGCAAAGAACCAACCCACCCCAGCGGUUCUCCGUUACCCCUCAAGAGUAACUGCCGAGUAGCUCUGUAUAUUACUAUAAGUCAGGGCUCUAUCGUCGUUCUCCGAGGCGCCGCUGUCCUCCGACGUAUCUCCUUUCCAGACCGAUCACAUAAACACACACGAACACUCUCUGAGAUGUCUGAACCCAUACCGAUACCAAGAAGAGGGGGGGAUGCUGCCCCAGAUGUCGGUGGGGAGCUACCGGUCGGAAGCCCAGAGUCCUUUGCCAGCUCAUCACCACCUAAUGGCAGGCAUGCCUCUGCGUCUGAAGGAAGCCCGCGUCUAUCACGAAACAAUUCCUUCUCGGGAAGUAGUUCUUAUCACGAAGACUGGGAGGCGAUCCCACCGCUUGACCGUCUGAGCGUCUUUGACCUCCUUGACAACUUGGCACUGCCGUCACAACUGGAGAAGCUCCAAAAGAAUCUCAGCGCGCAGACAGAGAAGGUUCUCCGGCAAAGAAAUGCGCUUAGGUCUCGAGGCAACCUUGCCAAAGACAAAGUUGUGGAAGAAUGGAGGAGGCGCGUACCCACCGCCGACGAACAGCUUGAGAAAUACCGCAGGCGGAUGAAGACGAGCGUUGACAAUCUUGGGAAGCAGUGGAACGACACCAAAGCCGUGACACUGCGCGAGAAGUUCUCCUUCAUCUUCGGUGUCCUCAAUAUCCUCAUCAGCGGCUACCUCAUCGGUGGGCGCCCAGAGUGGUUCCAUAUCUGGUACACGCUCCAGCUCCUCUACUUCAUGCCCAUCCGCUUCUUCACCUACAAGCGCCGCGGCCUACACUAUUUCCUCGCGGAUCUCUGCUACUUCGUCAACUUCCUCCUUAUGCUCAGCAUCUGGGUUUUCCCGAAGUCGAAACGCCUCUUCAUCAGCACAUACUGCCUCGCAUUUGGUAACAAUGCGAUCGCCAUCGCUAUGUGGAGGAACUCCCUCGUCUUCCACUCUCUCGACAAAGUCACGAGUCUCUUCAUCCACAUCAUGCCCUGCGUCGCCCUCCACUGCAUGGUUCACCUCCUCCCCGACGAGCUCCAAGCCUCCCGCUUCCCCGCCCUCCACACAAUUCGCACCUCCGCCCCCUCCUCUCCCGAGCACUACACCCUAGCCGCCAUGGCCCUGUGGUCCACCCUCCCCUACGCCUUCUGGCAGCUCUCCUACCACUUUCUCAUCACCGUGCGCCGACGCGCCCAAAUCGCCGCCGGCCGCCCAACAUCCUACACCUGGCUCAAGAAGUCGUACUCCAAAGCCUGGAUCGGCCGCGCCGUCACAUCCCUCCCCGACAGCCUCCAAGAGCCGUCUUUCAUGUUCAUCCAGUAUACCUACGCCCUGGCUACCAUGCUGCCCUGCCCGAUCUGGUUCUGGUACCGCUGGGCCAGCUCCAUGUUCCUCUUCGGCGUGUUCACGUGGAGUAUCUAUAACGGCGCCACAUACUACAUCGACGUCUUUGGUAAGCGCUUCCAGAACGAGCUCGAGGAAAUGCGCAAGGAAGUCCAGAAGUGGCAGAGUAGCCCGGAUCUGGCGAUUGGGACACCGCCCGCUGAGGCGGCCAAGAGCCCGCUUUCCUCGGAGGAUGAGGGGGGCGCGAAUGUGGAUUCGAUUCCGCUGCUGAGUGAGGAGGGGCAGGUGACGGGGAUUGAUGGGGGGGCGAGGGAUGUGGCGAGGGAGAGGAAGGUUGAGGAGUUACCCCCGUAAGUGCGACGGGUGGUUUGAUUAUGAUAGUGAUGGUGGAUAGUGCGAUUUUGCGUGUGUGUAUUUAGCUCUGUUGCUGGAUCGGUCGAUGAAUGACGUGCGUUGUUGCCUUUUCACUGGUGCGGGCGGUCUUUCGCAGCGGAAUGGGAAGACAGGAUGUGGAUAUUUGACGCUUUGAUGAUGAUGGGGGGGGUCCUUGACACUCACUAUUAUCCGGUUUUGGUUCUGGUUAAUUCGUAUACCCUUCAUUUCUAGCAACCUUGUACGAAACUCUAGCAUUGUUUGCAAAAUUAUUCAACGUAUUCUUGAAUAUUUAAAUAUUCAAAUAUUACGUAAGCUUGGAUAUUCAAAUUUCAUGAAUUAUUCAUGAAUAUGAAUAGCGAUUUUCUAUAUUCAUGAAUAUUAUAUGAUAUUCUUAAUACCCAAAGUGACUUAUUAUUUAAGUUAUAAGCUAUCUUAGAG